AAUGGAUUGUUUUCUUUUCUUCAUUCACCGGGUUUUGUGUGUGCGUUCCGAUAGCUGCGCUGGUUGAGUAAUUUUCCAGCAAAAUGUUGAAAAUUUUCACACACCGUAACCGGUACGUUGCGGGUGGUCUUUCGUUGGCAAAGCGGACGUUCCUUUCCGACGCGUACCAGUGUCGCGAUGCUUGGAAUGCACGUUUGGCCACUCCGAUCCUGGAGAAGAUCAAUCUGGAAACGCUGUACUACGAUUUGGAACAGCGGUUCCAGCAGAAACAGAAAAUUUCUGCCAUCGAUAUCGACAUCUACGCCAACAAGCUAGUGGAUGAUACGCACAUCGAGGAGGUAGCAGAUUUUCUGUACAAAUUUCGGCUCACAGAGGAAACAUCAAAUACACUGGACUCAACGCACCAUGCUCUAGUGCGGAACUAUCUCGACAACAAGUGCUAUGGACAGCUAAUCGACGUGUUGAACAAUCGCAUUGGAUACGGCGUUUAUUUGGAUGAUUACAGCGCCAACCUAACGCUCGAUCAACUGAUCAAGGAGAAAGAGUUCCGUUAUGCGGCACGUGUCGCCACCCUGCUAGCGUUACAGGAGGACUUUUCUAAUCCCAUCACAAGAGCACUUGCGUUGUACAGUUGCUAUCGGUACGCUAAGGCACCGGAUGCGGAGCAUUUUGAGGAUCUUACACCAGCAGAACCGCAGGCAGGCGAAGUUGAGGGACAAAACAAGAAGAAAAAGAAAGAAGAAAUCAAAGUGAGGGUAAAGUUCUUGCGAAACGAAUUUUUCGACGAUCACUUUGAUCUGACCGAUAGCCAGCUGUUGCUCGGUAAAACGUUCGUAGAGCUUGGUCGCAACUACGAUGGUGCCAGUAGCAUAAUCGGUACGAACUGUAGACUGUUGGGUCUUACAAUGUACAAAAAGUAUGAUCAAGCAAUGGCUUUCGUAAAGCAACUCGAAGGCAAGGAAUUAAAUGAGGAAGUGCUGCAAAUGAUGCGAAGUGCACUGGAGAAGGAAUCGAACAAAGAGGACGAAAAGUAUAUGAACUUCUGCGCGAUGGUUGAUAAGAUAGAGGCUAGUGUGAAGCUGAGCAAGGACAGUUUCGAAAAACUGAUCCUUGAGCAAGUAAACAAAAGUGUUGGAGCGCUGGAAAAACAACAAAUAGAGUCACAAGCCAAGCUCUACACGGACUGGUGCAAUCUUCGACAGCAACGACUGGACGAGGAACUGAACCGAAUGCAGCGUGCUAAGCGACUGAAGGAUAUGGAACAGCUGGCUAUUGAUAUGGAGAAGGAAGAGCAAAAGCUUUGGUUCUUUGAGAACGAGGAUAAGAUCGAUCUAGAGAUUGACAGUAAACGGGUGUACUAUCCUAAACGGUGGUUCGGCAAGAAAAAGAAGCCACGUACGGUUGACGUUGACUACGUACCACCAGAAGUGCGGCAGCGUAACUAAUCUGUAGAACCGCACCAGUUAAGUAAAGUGUAGCGUAAAAUAAAUAAGGAUAGAAAACGCUUGAA